AUGGGCAGCGCCCAGGCCCUUUGUGGCGAAAGGAGCAAGUGCGGAGGGCAGUGCUCGCAGCUGACGAUAUCGCAGUCCCUGGAAAGCAUCAUCGAGGAGCCCGAACCAUCUGGGGCUGUUUUUCCAGACACAUUGGAAGGUCUCAACGUCAUUGACCGUAACUUAUUGCAAUUCUGUGCUUCAACCAACUUAGCCGGUGUUCGUUGGCUCCUGGUCCUGGGAGCCAACCGUCGUGUGACCGAUCAGAAGGGCACCACCUGUCUACACGCUGCUUGCCGCAGUGGCUCCUGCAGCAUCGUCGAAGUCUUAGUUCUCCUGGAUGAAGAGCCACAGCCAGGGCAGCCUGGGCCAGGCGCAACGGGCCCGGCGGCUCGUCCGUUCCGCAUGGAUCCGAGCGAGAAGGGCCAGGGACAAGAGACGGACGUGAUACAUGGCGAGGAAGAAAAAGAGAGAGACGGCACCAAUUGCAGCGGAGGCAAUUCAGGCCUUCAGUCAACCGACGAGGCAGGAUGGACACCACUGCAUGUGGCGGCCUUCAUGGGGCGGCAGGAUGUAGUCAGAGUCCUCCUCAGAAAUGGUGCCAACACCCUUGCACGGAGCAACAAGGGCCAGUUUGCAGUGGAUCUUUGCUCCGAUGUCUCCACGCGGCGGCUUCUGCAGAAGGAGAUGAAGGCCACUUCUGACAUGGCCAUGGGUCUUGACUUCCUUGACGACAGGGCCUUCAGCCAGGCGAAUCAGGAGCUUACUGGUACCUUGCAGUCUCUGCAGGUCGAAGGCACGGUUCUUUCGCGCUCUGUGGCAUCACCUUCAAGGGAGAUCCGAUUCGAGCCUUUCUUCGUGCCACGAGCUCCGCUUCUGGUGGAGGAGGAUAUUGAGCUCGAGCUUGCCGAGCUCUUUGCCUAUCUUGGCUGCCAGAUCUUUGAGUCGAGUCCCGGCCGCGGUCUUGCUUUCCUGGUCGUCACUGGCUCUGUGCGGGACUAUCCAAUCGACCUGGUGGGUUUCAUGCGCACCACCAACCUCAGCCACCUUCAAAUUGGAACGUUCCUGGGCGAGGACUUCUCCCUGUCCAAGAUUCUCCGGAUGGAGUUCUUGAACUCUGUUUGCUUGACGAGCACUGGUGUGGUAUCUGCGCUGCGAACAGGCCUCACGGGCCUCAAAGUGCCACCAGAUCUGCAAAAGAUGAACCGCCUUCUGGGCAGCCUCUCCGAGGUGUGGUGGCGUCAACAGCUGCGCGCAGCAAAGCUCAGCAAAAAGAAGGAUAAGCCCGACAAAGCCGGCAGCCCUUCCAAGAGCCAGGAUGAGCUCAUCGAGGAAUCGAUUGACAUGGCUAUGGAUGUUGUCUCGGAUGAGCUUCGCGGUACAAACCUCAAAGCGAUGCUUCCAUCAAUCAGCAGUUUGCACCAGCUCUUCUUCUCGACAGUGAUGCUCCACUGGAACCUGCAUGCUCCGUUACCUCCUUCACAGAAGCUGGACUUCGAUGCAUGGGCUGCGCUGAACCGAAGCGGCACGAAGGAAGACAUCCCAGAUUGGGUGCUGGAGCCCAUCUACAGAGCUGUGUCAAGAGCUCCCGUGGAAGAGCUUUCAUUGGAUCUGGACAAUGAGACGAAGCCAGUCACAAGCGCUGGCAAUUUCAACCUGUCUGAGCUUGCCGUUGCCUCUGCCACCGGAUGGGUGCAAGUCUUCGCAGACGGCCUGCCGGCCCUUCCUGGCGUCCCUCGCUUUCGGGCGGUCAGCUUUGUCGAUGCUCGCUUGCAGGAGGCUGCUUCGAUAGGUGCACCGGAUGUGCAGGAGAGGUGCGGCAACUGUCGCGUGUCAGGGUGGUUGUGCCGAGAGCACUUGUUGUGUUGGAGCUGUCGGUUCAGCGGUUCUCCACAGCUCUGA